UAGGUCGCACAUUGCACCUUUUUCCGUGAUUUAAAGAGUCCACACAUUUCUCUCAAAUGGAUUGGUGCAUUGUAUCUGCACUGUGGUACGUUGCAGCACUCUUUUUACUGAUUCACUUCCUGUGUUUCAUUUUCGCGGAUGCAGAUUUAACUCUGCUGCGGGCGAGUCUGGCGGGACACAGGCCAGAGACCAAGCUGAAAGGGCUGGUGGUGUGGGUCACUGGAGCCUCCAGUGGUAUUGGAGAGGAGCUGGCCUAUCAGUUGGCGAGAUGUGGGUCACGUCUAGUCCUGUCUGCUCGCCGUGAGGAAGAACUAAAGAGAGUGAAAAGUCAUUGUUUAGAGAACUCCAACCUCGGUGAUGAGGACAUUCUUGUGCUACCACUUGAUUUGUUGGAGAGGACAUUGCAUGAGGAAAAAACGAAAACUGUGAUUGAGUACUUUGGGCAUAUUGACAUCCUCAUUAACAAUGGAGGCCGCAGCCAGCGCUCUCUGUGCUUGGAGACCAAGCUUGACGUGUACCAGGCUUUGAUGGAGCUCAACUUCCUUGGUACCGUCUCAAUAACCAAGCAGGUCCUGCCUCACAUGACAGAGAGAGGCAGGGGGAGUGUUGUAACCGUAAGCAGUGUAGUUGGCCUCGCUGGGGCACCCCUGGCAACAGGAUACUCUGCUAGUAAACAUGCUCUUCAGGGUUUCUUCAAUUCCCUUCGAACUGAGCUGACAGACUUUCCAAAAAUACUUAUCAGCACAGUGUGUCCAGGGCCGGUGCAGUCACACAUCGUCAACAAUGCCUUCACGGAGGAACUGAACAAGUCUGUGACCACAGUUGGUAACCAGGAACACAAGAUGCCAACAAGUCGCUGUGUGCAUUUAAUGCUGGUGGGAAUUGCCAAUGGUGUCAAGGAAAUGUGGAUCGCUCAGCAGCCCUUUCUACUGUUUUACUACGCCUGGCAGUACGCGCCCACAUUUGCCUGGACUGUCACAAACUUGUUGGGCAGGAAAAGGGUGCAUAAUUUCAAAGCUGGAUUGGAUGCAGACUCUGCAUACUUCACAAAACCAAAGACCUCCUGAAAGUCACGCCAUCAAGAGGAAAACCUUUUAUCAUAUACCUAAUGUGGGGAGUUUUAUUUUCUAAAGAAGAUUCUUACUUUUCUCUCAAUAAUUGCUUAUU